AUGUAUGGCUUUGCUAUCACUGCAUCUUCAUUCACCUUCAGCAACAUCCUCCGAAUGAACGAAAGGGCAUCCAACUCUGACAUGGCUGAAUGGAAUAUGAGAAAAGAAACUAGAAAUCACACUGAAAAUGUAGAGUGGAAAAAUGAAACAACCAUCACAGAAUUCAUCCUAUUGGGAUUUGGAGAUCUCCAGGGACUGCAGACCCCUCUCUUCCUGCUGUUCCUAGUGAUCUACAUUGUGACCAUGGCUGGGAACAUUCUCAUUGUGGCCCUUGUUGUGACUGAUCAGCAGCUUCACACCCCCAUGUACUUCUUCCUGGGGAACUUGUCCUGCCUGGAGACCUGCUACAUCUCCACUAUCCUGCCCAGGAUGCUGGCCAGUUUGCUGACUGGGGACAGAGCCAUUUCCUUUAGCGGCUGCAUCACACAACUAUCAUUCUUUGUAUUCAUGGUGACUGCAGAGUGUUUACUCUUAUUACUCAUGUCUUAUGACCGCUACUUAGCAAUAUGCAAUCCCUUGCAUUAUGCAGCACUUAUGAGCAAGAGGGUUUGCAUCCAGAUAUUGUCUGGCUCUUGGAUAAUUGCCUUCUCUUGCAGCACUGUGAUAACUUUUAUGAUGGUCAGGUUAACAUUCUGUGGUCCUAACAAAAUUGACCAUUUCUUUUGUGAUUUCUCCCCGAUGCUCAAACUCUCCUGCAGUGACACCAGCCUGAUUGAACUGGUGGAUCUAAUCCUGUCAUUUGCAAUUAUACUUCCUACCCUCCUGUUAACCCUGAUGUCCUAUGUUUGCAUCAUUGCCACCAUUCUGAGAAUCCCAUCCACCACUGGGAGGCAAAAGGCCUUUUCCACCUGCUCCUCUCACCUCAUUGUAGUUGCUACUUUCUAUGGGUCACUCAUUAUUAUUUACAUGGCACCAAAAGCCGGCACUGCAGGAGACCUGCACAAAGUGUUCUCUGUCUUCUACACAGUCCUGACACCCUUGUUCAAUCCUCUCAUCUACAGCCUGAGAAACAAAGAAGUCAAAGAGGCCUUGAAGAAAGCUGGAGGCAAAUUGGCUGCUUUGAUAAGGGGCUGA